CGAACGCGCGCGAGAGGGCGAGAGAAGUGGCGGGCAACAAUCUUUUCAAACGCAUCAGUGAGAGAAAGGGGGAUGAUGGGGAGGUCCAAUAGCGUGGUGCUGGUAGGCGCGGGCGUCAUUCUGGGAUCAUGUGCUACUCUGGCGCUUCUGAAGCUACUCUCUCCGAAUGUUAAGAAGAAGCGGUUGAUCAACUCUACGGGCAUCACAGAUGCCGAUCAUGUGAAGAACUUCAUAUCUGGGACACGGAGAAAAAAUGAUGAGGAGGAUGCAGGGGAGGUUUUUCAUGAUCUUAUGGAAGAUGAAAUAGUGUCUGAACAACUUACAAGGAAUAUUCAAUUCUUUGGCUUGGAGUUCCAACGAAAAGUGACAAAAUCAUUUGUUGUAGUCAUUGGUCUUGGAGGAGUUGGGAGUCAUGCUGCUUGCAUGCUUUUAAGAUCAGGAGUGGGAAAGCUACUUAUUGUGGAUUUUGACCAGGUGUCACUUUCAUCCUUGAAUCGCCAUGCUGUAGCCACCAGAAAUGAUGUUGGAACUCCAAAAGCUUUGUGUCUUAAGAAACAUUUUUCAUUGAUCUUCCCGGAGUGCGAAGUGGAUGCCCGGGUUCAAUUGUAUGAUUCAUCAUCUGAGGAGGAAAUUCUUGGAGGCUCUCCUGAUUAUGUUUUGGAUUGCAUAGAUAACAUAGACACAAAGGUGGCACUCCUUGCUGCAUGUGUGCGUAGAGGUUUGAAAGUGCUUUCUGCAACUGGUGCUGGUGCUCGUGCUGAUCCUACAAGGAUUCGAGUUGCUGAUUUAAGUGAAUCAUCAAUAGACCCAUUAUCUCGAGCAGUGAGGCACCGUCUAAAGAAGGAACAUGGUAUCAAUGGUGGAAUACCUGUUGUCUUUUCACAGGAGAAACCAAAGGCCAAGCUUCUUCCUUUUGAAGGUUCAUCUGGAAAUGAUGAAAACCCUUCUGAUUAUCAGAUAGUUCCAGGCUUUAGAGUACGUAUAAUACCUGUUCUUGGUACCAUUCCGGCCAUUUUUGGACAAGUAAUGGCAUCUUAUGUGGUUACCAAACUGGCUGACUUGCACGUCCAAAUGGAGCCAGUUGUUAAUCUGGAUUUGGAUCACUAUCAUAUCCUACACCACCGUCUUAUUGAGCAUGAGGAACUCUUACAUGGUACUGCCAUGGAAGUUGAGGUUGAUGUCGAGGAAGUGAUGUAUGUUGUCAAAGAGUUGUGGCGUGGACGUAGUGCACGAGAUCAGUCUCAACGAGAUGUAGGGCGAGGGAUGUGGAGAUCUGUUAAUGAAUUGAUGUUGGUGAGGUGGGAUCGUGCAAAACCUGCUACAGUAUCAAAUUUGAUACUUCUCAAAUUCAAGGAGGCGGAAGAACAUGAGGCCUCAACCCUUGGUGAAAUGAAACAAAAGGAUCCUGCGUUCUUUGCGAUGGUCUCAGAUGUGCUGAAGCGAGCAGCUGCAGACUUUGGCCUGAAAGAGUAAGAAAAUUGGAUCAAGUGUUUCAACCUGAACAGCCUGGUAACCUUACCAUCUCUGUUGGCAUUGUGCACCAAGCGUGGCUUUCCAAUCUCCUCUUUCGCGAAGAUGGGGAUUGUUGGAAGGGUUGCUGUCGAUGUGCUGGUCAUUGUACCUGAGCUCCUGCCAAGUAGGAAUUUUCAAGAAAUUCGGCCAUAUUCUGAUCGGACUUCCUAAGGGAGGGAGUUGAAUCUUCUGGUCUGGUGGUUGUUAGCUCUCUCAAGUUUGGCUGCUUACUAAAUUUUGUUGUUGUGGAAUUAUUUGCUAUUACGUGGUGAAUAUUUUACCUGUUCAUUAAAGAGAGCAUAAAUGUUGAUGUUCAAGACAUCAAACUUGCUUUACAAUUUGUAGCCUUGGUCGUGGGGUUUUUACCA